AUGCUUGUCCACCCAUUAGCUAGACAAUCACUCAUCCGUAGCCCUUUUAGACUACGUCUAGUCAGUCUUCCCAAAUUUCCACCCUUGCUGCCACUAGGGAGUCUUCGACUCAAUUCGACUCAGCCUAGCAAACUAUCAUCCAAGUCAUUAUUUGACCCUUCAGUAUGGACAGUACCCAAUGUAUUGACUUAUACUAGAAUCAUUGCUACUCCAUUCAUUGGAUACAACAUUGUGUAUGGAAGUCCUAUUGCUGCUCUACUGUUGUUCACAUAUUCAUGUGUCACUGAUUUCAUCGAUGGCUAUAUAGCGAGAAGAUUCAAUAUGAAAUCAGUAGUCGGGUCCAUUGUUGACCCUUUGGCUGACAAAUUCCUCAUGACUAUAUGUACAGUGUCAUUGGCAUAUGUGCACUCAAUCCCACCAAUAAUAGCAACAAUUAUAAUUGGACGCGAUGUUAUGCUUAGUCUUAUGUCAUUUUAUUAUCGUUUCAAGAGUUUGGCUCCACCAAGAACGUUUAACAAGUUUGUUAGUAUUGGACAGUACCCAACAAUCAGCGUCCAUCCUAAUUUCUUGGGAAAACUAAACACCGCUUUGCAAAUGCUUUACAUUGGAAGCUUGGUUUACAGACCACUUUUGGAAAGUGUUGUUAGUGGUGCAGCAUUUGAUGGGUUGGGUUUAGUUGUUGGAGCAACAACGUUACUCAGUGGAGCUAAUUAUGUCUUCAAUAAGAAUUCAUGGAGAUAUGUGAAAUAA